CAUUUUACAUGAGAGAAUAAUAACUUCGAUGUUUCGGAUGACACUGGCCGGAAGAAGUUCUCGGUGUGGGCGUACGAAGAGCUGGAGAAGGGAAGAAACAUCAAGAGCGCCAUGGACAAGAGGCUCGCCGAGCACGACGUGGACAUGGAGCAGCUGGAGAGGGCGCUACUGGUGAGCUUAUGGUGCAUCCAGGAGCAGCCCUCGCAGAGACCGUCGAUGGGGAAGGUUGUGCAGAUGCUGGAAGGGGUUUCGGCCAUAGACAGGCCUCCGGCUCCGAAGGCCGCAGAUGGUGGCUUGGCGGUUGUCACCAGCAUCACUAUCUUCGCUACGUCAUCUCCGGCUCAACCUUCGAUGGGCUCAUCGCAUUCGAUUGCAGGCACAUCAUUGGUUUCCAAGAGGAACUUGGACAAACCAACCUCAUCCAUGGUAGUCAGAGCAAAGAAGAAGGAUACAGGAAAUGUAUAUGCUUUGAAAAUUAUGGACAAGAAGUUCAUUGCAAAAGAAAAUAAAGUAUCCUAUGUAAAGAUGGAGCGUAUAGUACUUGAUCAAUUAGAUCAUCCUGGUAUAAUCAGGCUGUGUUUUACAUUCCAAGAUACACACUCUCUUUACAUGGCACUUGAGUGUUGUGAAGGUGGGGAGCUAUUUGACCAAAUAACCAGGAAAGGAUAUCUAAGUGAGGAUGAGGCUCGCUUCUAUGCUGCUGAAGUUGUUGAUGCUUUAGAAUAUAUUCAUGGUGUAGGAUUAAUUCAUCGGGACAUCAAGCCAGAGAACUUACUGCUCACCGCUGAUGGACACAUUAAAAUUGCUGAUUUUGGCAGUGUGAAGCCAACUAGGGAUAGCCAAAUGACAGUUCUUCCAAGUUCAUCAAAUGAAAAGGCAUGUACUUUUGUUGGAACAGCUGCAUAUGUCCCUCCGGAAGUUCUUAAUUCAUGCCCAGCGACUUUUGCGAACGACCUUUGGGCUCUUGGAUGCACCCUAUAUCAAAUGCUUUCUGGUUCAUCUCCCUUUAAAGAUGCCAGUGAAUGGCUAAUUUUCCAAAGAAUCAUAACAAGAGACCUCAAGUUUCCUGAGUUCUUUUCACAUGAAGCAAGAGAUCUUAUUGAUAAGUUAUUGAUCCCAGUAAAAGACCAGGUGCUGGACCUGAUGGCUAUGCUUCUGUCAAGAAGCAUCCUUUCUUCAAUGGAGUUGAUUGGAAACAAUUGCGAAAGGCACCAGCACCAAGACUUGCUCUGGAUCAUGAUAAUGGUGUGGAUUAUGACAGUCAAGAUGCCACAUGGAACCUCACACAUGUGGGUGGUGCGCCUUCAGCUCACCAACAUGUCAUACCGGAUGAGAAUGCUGGUGCCACAUCAUCUUCGGAAACACAAUCUCAUAUCUCCAGGCUGGCUUCGAUCGACUCAUUCGACUCGAGAUGAAAGCUUUUUGAAAAGUUGUUCACUAGUGGAUAACAUUUGCAUUUAUGUGAGCGUCAGGCAAGAGUUAGCCUGGAGAGGUGAUUGUUAUGAUCUCAAAGCUGAAGAAGCUUCAGAAGCUGACUAACAGGAAAGUGCAACUCAUUCUUACUGACAAGCCCAAAUUGCUUUGCAUGGAUCCCUCCAAAAUGACAGCCAAAGCAAACAUAAUCUGGUCCCACAGUCCCAGUGAGCUUAGCGUCCAAGUAGCGAACUCUUCACAUUU